AAAGCGUACGAAUUAUAUCGCUAUAAACAGUGCAAGGAUUUAACAUUCUAAAAACAACAGCAAACUUUACCAUUACAAUUAAGAAAUGCUGCUGAAAGACGAAAAGGUCAACAUGACUUGCCUUCCAAUGGUGGCCGCCCUCCAGACCGGCCGAGCAGUGAUUAUCGAUUACAUGACAGAUCGUCAGCUCACACAAACAUACUGCAUGAUUCAGGAAGCAGCACAGAACAGCGAGGGGUAUGGAAUGGACGAAUUUGACUCUGAAAAAGACUUCCGAAGGGAAAUUGAUGGCAGUGACUGUUUUGCUAUCAUGUGUAAAGAAAGUGGUGACAUGAUCGCUGCAUUCAUUAUUGCAGUCAGCAAAUUCUACCGGGGUCCCUCGGGUGUAGCGGACCCCUUCGUGAUUGUGAAGAGAUCCGAACGUCAACAGAGACUUGGAGAAUUCGCCCUGCGUACAGCCAUCGACUUCUCGCGCAGGCUCGGAUACAUGGCCAUGUACGUUGAUACCUUCUCAAAUAAUGUUGCUAUCCAAAGAAUAGUGGAGAAGAUCGGAGGUUUCCGUCGUGUCGGAUUCCUUCCCAUGGGUGGACGUCUCAACAAUGGGGAGAUGGUCGGGUCUCUCAUCUACUACCGUGACUUGACAGUUAGUCUCGUUAACCUCACGUGAUCUGACUGCCAACGCCUUACCUGAUCAAGUCAAAGGCUGAUCUCUAACGAUCAACCAAAAUGCGCAAGCGGCCGAUUCACACUGGCGUCAACCAAAA